AUGAAUAAAACAACUUACAGACUGAUUCUUGCUUUAUUACUCCAUCAACUCAAAAUCUUCGGCCAAACGCCUGCUUUUGUUACGGAUAGCCUCGACACGUACAUUAAACGGAAUAUGGCAGCGAGCAAAAUUCCGGGGUUGGCCAUUGCCAUCGUUGAAAACGGUAAGGUGAUUGUAGCCAAAGGGUACGGCCUCAGACAGGUUGGUAAAUCUGAUUCGGUUGAUGCCAAUACGCUCUUUUACAUGGCUUCCAAUACCAAGCUUUUUACAGCUACCGCCCUGGCCAGCUUAGCAGAUCAAAAGAAAUUAUCCCUCGACGACAAGAUACUAAAACACCUGCCCGAUUUUGCCUUGUAUGAUACGCUGGCCACAAAAAUGGCGACCAUUCGUGAUUUACUGGCGAACCGACUUGGCGUAAAAUCGUACGAAGGAGAUUUUGUCUACUGGAAUUCAGAUUAUACCAUGCAGGACGUCAUGAAGAAUCUACGAUUGGUAAAACCAGCGGGCCAGUUUCGACAGGAUUAUAGUUAUUCCAAUGCCGGCUUUGUAACAGCGGGGUUAGUCAUUCCUAAGGUGACGGGGCAGUCCUGGAAUUCAUACGUUGACCAGACUAUACUCAAACCGUUAGGAAUGACUAAUACUUACCUCCUAACGGCCAAUUAUGCCAAGCGGAAAAACAUUGCUUACGGCUAUACAAACUGCUGUACAAGUGGGGGGGAGCUAAUGCAGGUAGCCUUUGACAAUCUUGACAAUCUGGGGCCUGCCGGCGGAAUGGUCUCAUCAGUCAACGAUAUCAGCAAGUGGUUAAUCAUGCAACUGGACUCGGGUCGCUAUGAAGGAAAACGUAUCUUACCUUACUCCGUUCUUGAGGCUACCCGCCGGGCCAGUACAAUUAUUACGUACAAAAAACACCCAAUAGCGCCCUUUACCUAUGAAUUUUAUUGCCUGGGUAUUGGCUUGUUUGACUAUCAGCAUAUGGACGUCUAUUCUCAUGCUGGAGGAGCCUUUGGCUUUCAUACCAACACAACCUUUGUGCCAUCCCGAAAACUGGGAAUCGUCGUUUUAAUAAAUCAGGAUAACAGUAAUUUUCACGAAUCACUACGCUUUCAAAUUCUGGAUGCUUAUGCAAAAGCGCCCUAUGAGGACAAGAAUGCCUACUUCUAUGAGCGAAGCCUUCGUCGGGAUAAAAAGCAAAGCCAGGAUAUAAAAGAACUGGAAACUAGAGUCGCUAAAAAUAAUCAACCCCCAAUCCCGCUAUCGGCUUAUACCGGAACUUACAAAAAUCCACUUUAUGGAACGAUAAGGGUAGAAGUAACCCCUGGAAGCAAGUCGAAAAAUAGCUUACUGAUCCAUUUUCAACAUCAUCCUGAUUUAACGGCCAGACUUGAUUACAUGGAUAAGGAUGAAUUCCGGAUUACUUUUUCUAACCCCCGUUUUGGCAUAGCACCAGCUUUGUUUAGUACCCAAAAUGGUAAAGGCGUGAGCGUUGACGUAAAAGCAACUGAUUUUGUCGAUUUCGAACCCUACCGGUUCACUCGCUGA